GUGUGUGGGACAGCUAACUUGUAUUCGUCUGUCUACUCCAUCUCCCAAAAAACCAUCCGAAACUCCGUGAACAUAGAGAAAUAGCGAGAGAGAAAAAGAGAAUGGGUGACGAUAACGUGAAGGCUGAGGCUUUGGAGAUGCUCGGAAUGUUCCAAGUCCUUCCGAGAUUGGUUGUCUUCGAUCUUGAUUACACUCUCUGGCCUUUCUAUUGUGAAUGCCGCUCCAAACGUGAAAUGCCAUCGCUUUAUCCCCAUGCUAGAGGUAUAUUGUAUGCACUGAAGGAAAAAGGAAUUGAUCUUGCCAUUGCUUCUAGGUCCCCAACUGCAGAUAUAGCAAAGACAUUUAUUGACAAAUUAAGCAUCAAGUCAAUGUUUGUAGCCCAGGAGAUCUUUUCGAGCUGGACACAUAAGACAGAUCAUUUCCAGAGAAUUCAUACAAUGACUGGGGUCCCCUUCAACUCAAUGCUUUUCUUUGAUGACGAGAACAGGAACAUCCAAGCGGUUUCAAAUAUGGGCGUCACAAGCAUUUUGGUAGGUAAUGGGGUAACUGUUGGAGCAUUGAGGCAGGGUCUUACAAAAUACUCUGAAAAUGUGAAUACAUCUGAGAAGAACAAGCAGAAAUGGCGCACAAAGUUCUCCAAAAAUUCGAGUUCAUCUGAGCGGAAUGAAAAGAAUUGAAUCCUCCAUAGAUGUUGAAUCAUGUACAACUUCAAAAGUAUUGAUUUGUUCUUGUAUUGUCAGGGAUUAUCGUGUGACAAGCGCAUCCCGGUUAUGAUAACGAUUUGUUGUAUCAAUUAUCAAGAAAUUCUCUAGACA